AUGGGAAAAAGAAAUCUUUUAAUAGCCAGCAGAGCAAUAAAGUUUAACCCAAAAAAUCAAAUAAUAAUACAAACAUCAACACCUUCAUUCGAUGCAUCCAUUAACAACAAUAACCCGUUAAAUUUCCAUCUACAUAUAAUAUUGAUUAAGGCAUACCCAUAUUUUGUGAUAAUGGACCAUCUUUUAAAAAGAUUAUCUUGGGAAUCUUCUAAAAUAAACAUAUAUAGACAAUUUAUAUAUUUCGUACUUUUGUUGGUGUUUAUCAAAUUUAUUGAAAAUAAUCAGUUUAUAAGUCAACUAUUUGGUGUAAUAGGGAUAAUUUGGCUAUGUACUUGCUUAGUUAAUAGAAUGCACCAUAUUUUAAAUCACUAUAACAAUAUUUCAGCCACUAGCAGUAAGACAACAGUUACUUAUAAGGAAUUGUUAGAUAUUUUGAAAUUAUUAAGCGAUGAUUUAAUACAAUUUCAUAUACGGUUACAUAAUAAUUGUUUCAAAUUGAUUAUCCUAUGCUACAUAAUGAAAUACAUUUGUGGAUUUAACUCCUGGAUACCGUAUGUGCUAGUGAUGGCGUUAUUUAAUUUUAAGAAUUGCAAGCAAUUUUUUAGCAUUUCGUAA